CAAGUGAUCGUUUCAAUUUUAUCAUGUACGAAGACGUCCUUUUUAACAUCCACAUGCACGGGAGUGACAAUCAAGAAGUGACCGCCGAGAAAAUACGUACUCAUAUACAAAGAUGGUUUCAUAAGAGUUGCGACCGAGUAAAGAUGAGGGUGAAAAGGCAGAAAAAAGGCAAAACG